GGCGGGGCCGGGGGCGGGCCUGGGGCGGGGUCUGCGCCGGCGCCGGGUCGGCCGGGCGCUCGGCCAGCCGCGUAAACACGGCCGCGGCGGAGCAGGCAUUGACGGCUGUGGGGAGACUCCCAGUGUCAAGCUUUUGAAGCUGAAAGAACCUGAAACAGAAGCUAGUUUCCACCCCAAAUUUUAUCCAUGAGGAAACUCAGCCCACAGAGCUGAAGUGCCUUUGUCCAAGUCGCCCAGGACAGAUUCCGAGAAGUAGCGUUUCAGGAUCAAAAGGUGCUUCCCACGGUGGGGCUAUGCUCACGUUCAUGGCCUCUGACAGUGAGGAAGAAGUGUGCGACGAGCGGACGUCCCUGAUGUCAGCCGAGAGCCCCACGCCGCGCUCCUGCCAGGAAGGCAGGCCGGGCCCGGAGGACGGAGAGAGUGCUGCCCCGUGGAGAGGCCAGGAUGGCGAGGAGGACCACGAGGAGGACCCUGACCACUACGUCUGCAGCGGGGUCCCUGGGCGGCCGCCGGGCCUGGAGGAGGAGCUGACCCUCAAGUACGGGGCAAAGCACGUGAUCAUGCUGUUUGUGCCCGUCACGCUGUGCAUGAUCGUGGUGGUGGCCACCAUCAAGUCCGUGCGUUUCUACACGGAGAAGAACGGACAGCUCAUCUACACGCCGUUCACAGAGGACACACCCUCGGUGGGCCAGCGCCUCCUCAACUCCGUGCUCAACACCCUCAUCAUGAUCAGCGUCAUUGUGGUCAUGACCAUCUUCCUGGUCCUGCUCUACAAGUACCGCUGCUACAAGUUCAUCCACGGCUGGCUCAUCAUGUCCUCUCUGAUGUUGCUGUUCCUCUUCAGCUAUAUCUACCUCGGGGAAGUGCUCAAGACCUACAACGUGGCCAUGGACUACCCCACGCUGUUCCUGACCGUCUGGAACUUCGGCGCGGUGGGCAUGGUGUGCAUCCACUGGAAGGGCCCCCUCGUGCUGCAGCAGGCCUACCUCAUCAUGAUCAGCGCGCUCAUGGCCCUGGUGUUCAUCAAGUACCUGCCGGAGUGGUCCGCCUGGGUCAUCCUGGGCGCCAUCUCUGUGUACGAUCUCGUGGCUGUGCUGUGCCCCAAAGGGCCACUGAGAAUGCUGGUGGAGACUGCCCAGGAGAGAAACGAGCCCAUAUUUCCUGCCCUGAUAUACUCAUCCGCCAUGGUGUGGACCGUGGGCAUGGCCAAGCUGGACCCCUCUUCCCAGGGAGCCCUUCAGCUCCCCUACGACCCCGAGAUGGAAGAAGACUCCUAUGACAGUUUUGGGGAGCCCUUGUACCCAGAAGUCUGUGAGCCCCCCCUGCCUGGCUACCCAGGGGAGGAGCUGGAGGAAGAGGAGGAAAGGGGCGUGAAGCUCGGCCUCGGGGACUUCAUCUUCUACAGCGUGCUGGUGGGCAAGGCGGCAGCCACGGGCAGCGGGGACUGGAACACCACACUGGCCUGCUUCGUGGCCAUCCUCAUCGGCCUGUGCCUGACCCUCCUGCUGCUCGCUGUGUUCAAGAAGGCGCUGCCCGCCCUGCCCAUCUCCAUCACGUUCGGGCUCGUCUUCUACUUCUCCACGGACAAUCUGGUGCGCCCCUUCAUGGACACCUUGGCCUUCCAUCAGCUCUACAUCUGAAGGGUGUGGGGCCCGCGGGCCGGAGGCUGAGGCGAUUGUGACUGGAUACCGUUGUCUAGUUUUACACUCUAGUGCCAUAUAUUUUUAAGACUUUUCUUUCCUUAAAAGACGAGGAAAAAUACCGUGUUGACUUCGUGAAGAGGAAGAUCCGGCUUUUUGGCGCUAGUUGUUUGUCACCUGACCGUGGCUCACCCCCUCGUGAGCACUCGCCUCACCAACGGGAGAUGCAGGAAGUGGGUCCAGAUGGACUGAGGCAGACGGAGGAGGCCGCCUCUUCACGCCGGUGGCCUGGAAUGUUCCAAGGGCCCAGACGAAGGACGGUGUGCGUAUGUUCGGGACCAGGAGUUCCUGCUCAGGACGACACUUGGCACCUGGUCACGCUGGCCGGAGAAGAAAGCCAGUUUUCUCCUCGAGGAGUGUUCCCAGUGCUUUGUCCACAGUGUUGUUGUUUUAUCACCUUUAGAAACCAAGUCUUGUUACAGCAUUUACUGCUGAGAAGUGGCUUAAUAUUAAUAUCAAUAAAUGGAUGAACCCCGUUGUCGUCUUGGA